AUAUCGGAUCGUAUUUUCCAGAAAUUACAGAUGACGAAUGUCGUCGUCAUUUUCUUUGUUCCGUGAUAUUUUGGUGACAAAUAUGGGUUUCUACAUAUACCAUUGAUACAUAUUGUAGAGUUAGAUGCUCACAGAAGGUGCGAAGUAUGGAUAUCAUUUCUUGGGCACUUCACAAUGACCUAGAGUACAUGUAGAUCUACAAUAUGUGCUGAAGCUCCCUUUAUUAAGAAGAUAUACCAAUCCAGUAUUAUCAGAGUAAGCAGAGUGCAUCAAGGGAAAUCAUCGCACAGAUUGUGCAGGCCAUCCUACUUAGUGGUUUGGUGAGUGGCUGUGUUGAAAUCAAUACGUGACUCCAGUCUUUGGACAUGACUGCAGUAGAGUUUUGUGGCUUAUACAGAAUGUCUUCUUGUGACAGUGACAGCGAGGAUAGGAGAGAGAAAGGAUCGGGAGAGGAGGUCAGGCUAAAUGUUUAUGAUAUGUAUUGGACUAAUGAAUAUACAACAACACUAGGAUUAGGUGUAUAUCACACUGGAAUUCAAGUUUAUGGGAAAGAGUAUGCUUACGGAGGACACCCUUUCCCGUUCACUGGAAUAUUUGAGAUAGAACCCAGAGAUGUCACAGAUUUAGGAGAACAAUUUAGUUUUAAGGAAACGAUAGUUCUAGGCCAGACUGACCUCACAGAGGAAGACGUAGUGAAAGUAGUAGACUGCCUUGGAAAGAAGUAUCCCGGUGAAGCAUAUCAUCUCAUUCACAAGAACUGCAAUCAUUUCACACAGGAACUAGUACAAAUACUCUGUGCCAAGGAGAUACCGUCGUGGAUCAACCGAUUGGCUGCAGUAGGAGCCCGCCUACCCUUCAUGGAGCGCAUGCUACCCAAGGAGUGGCUAACCCCACUAGCCCUGGUAGAGAACAACUCGGUCAAGGAGCCCGAACCCUCAAGAACACCCAGUGACUCAGAAACGGGCAGCAAGUCAUCAUUGUUAUGACAACCCUGAUAUCACCUCAAGGGAAUGUUUUAUAUACAGAGUGCCACAAGGAUGGGAUGUGUACUUGCUUUUUAUUGUGACUUUAUAUUAAAGGAAAGAUGACAGAGAGGAUCACUCCAUGGAGCAUAUUUUCUUGAAAGCAUACUGUUGAUCCAUCAUUUCCUUUUUCAGACAUAUUCUCUUAUUUAUAUGAAUGUAUGCAGAUUUUGAUAGGAUAGUUGAACCUUGCCUAAACUCUCAUGAAAAUCUAAACUGCUGUAAUACAACUAGACUAGAGUCCAAAAAAUUCACUGACCAAGUUAAUAGCAAUCAAAAACCCAUUUCCGAUGUCGAAAUGAGAGUAACGUGCCGGGUGCCAGUCAAAAUGGCAGUUUGAAAUAUGGGACUGAUUGAAAUUCUCUUACGUUGAAAGGCAAUAUUAAGCAAAUAAAAAAAAAGUGAAAAUAUUUUUUUUUGGAUUACAUGUAGCAAGAUGUAUGAAAAUGAAUAUGCAAGACAUUCUUUUUUUAAAUUAGGUCUACCGGUAGAUGUUUUAAUUGUGUCAUUUUUAUUGAACCACAAAUCUUUUGCUUUUAACCAGGCAGUACGAUAACCAUGAUAUUACAGUUCCUCUCAAUAUUUAUCAUGCUUUGAUUUGAUCAACUCUUUUCUUUUCUUUUCUUUUCCAACAUUUAUUGGUAGAUUUUCCUACCUGUUUGUAGGAUGGAAAGACAGAACAAGCUUGCAGCACUGUGCCUUCUCAGAUAGUAUCUGCUAAUAUUUAACAAAUACUAUUAGCAUGUGGUCAUUCAUUCUAAUAGUGAUAGCUUAGGCUUUAGAUAAUGAUACCAUUCAGCAGAGGUGGAUUGCCAUAAUGUAGGA